GGAAGUGAGGCCUAGGAGAGGAGGGGUCUUUCCGCCGCUGCUGCUGCUACCGCUGCCUCUCUCUCCCGGGGAGGGGGAAUCUCCGGGCGCCGCGAGGAUUGCGACCGCCGCCAUGCCGGCCCUGCUGGAGCGCCCGAAGCUGAGCUCGGCCAUGGCCCGCGCCCUCCACCGGCACGUCAUGGUGGAGAGGGAGAGGAAGCGGCAGGGGAGGGGAGCAGGCGCUGCCCCACUUGGUAGCAGCCCCUCCCUCUGUCCCGCAGAAGAAGAAGAGGUGGACAAGAUGAUGGAGCAGAAGAUGAAGGAGGAGCAGGAACGGAGGAGGAAGAAGGAGAUGGAGGAACGCAUGUCCCUGGAGGAGACCAAGGAGCAGAUCCUGAAGCUGCAGGAGAAACUUCAAGCCUUGCAGGAGGAGAAGCAUCAGCUGUUCCUCCAACUCAAAAAAGUCCUCCACGAAGAGGAGAAACGCCGUCGCAAGGAACAAAGCGAUAUGACCACCUUGGCGGCGGCCGCCUACCAGCAGGGCAUGGCUGUGCACGCUGGGACCCACAUCCUCAACAUGCAAGGGAGCCCGGGGGCCACAACAGAGCUGCCACCCUCAUCCCGGCUGAUCGUGCCAAGCAGAUGUUCGGUCCGCCGGUUAUCACGACGCGACAUUUUGCGACCCAGCCAGCUUUCCCGGCUGGCACCCCGGAACAUGGGCAGUACCAGGGCAGCCAAACCGGGCACAGCCCCUACGCCGUGGGGCAGGGCCAGCACACGGUGCCCGUCAGCUACGCCAGCAGCCAGUCCAUCCGAGGCCCGUCGGCUUUCUCCACGAUGCAGUAUUUGCCCCAGCAACAACCUGGUUAUGCCAUCCACGGUCACUUCCCCGCUGCCCAGGCGGGUUUCAUCCCGCCGAGCACCACGAUCCCUCUCCAGAAGCAGCUGGAACACGCCAAUCAGCAGUCCGGAUUUUCCGAUUCGUCGACGCUUCGUCCGAUGCACCCCCAGGCCCUUCAUCCGAACCCGGGUCUCCUACAAGCCUCGCAGCUCCCCGUCCAAAUGCAGACCACCGCCAAGCCCAGUUUGGCCUACACUCAUACGGCCCGGCCUGCGUCUCCGGGGAGCUUCCCACAGCAGCCUCACACGUCUGGCUUCCAGGCUUCUCCCCAGACCGCACCCCGACAUCCUUUCAUACAGCACCCGCAAGGGCAGCGUUUCUACCACAAGUGAGCCUGGCAGACCCCCAACCCCCCCAACCCAAUUGGCUGUUUCAGCGUCCUUCCCCCAGUCCCCCUGCCCGGCAUGGAUCCGGAAGGUCUCUCUCGGACGAGCGUCGAAUCCUUUUGAUUUCCUUCCUGGCCUCUCUCCAGAAAUGACAUGAAUUUUUUUUUUGCAAAAACGGCGUUCUCAGAAAAUCCAUUCUACGGCUUUUCGUUUUCAAGAGGAGGGCGAGCGUGGCGUGGUUUGUUCCAACCUCCCAUUUAGCCAGGAUGGGGGGAGGUUUUUUGGGGGGGGGGUGUCAUGCAUGCAAAUUAAGCUGCGGCGAACGAAGUAAAACCAGGUGCAUAUCGUGCAUCAAAUUUUCCUUCGGGAUCUUAGCACCUUGGGUGCUAAAAGAUAAAAGCCGAAUCGGACGCUUUCCUGCAAUCGGAUGGGAUGAAAUUUUCCCCCCGAGUGGAUUACGUUGGCUGCACGCAGGGUUCAAAUUUCUCUUUCUUGCAGAAUUUCUGUGCAAUUCCGCUCUGCUGGCAAUUCCUCCACCCAGCAGUUCUCGACUUCGGCCUCUUAAAAACGGGUGGACUUCAACUCCCAGAAUCCCCCAGCCAGCAGAUCAUUUCCCCAUUUCAUUGCCGUGCCACCUUUUAUUAAUUUAUGCGGGCUUAUUAAUUUAGCUUGUCGUGGGUAUUUUUUUUUUAACUUUGCUGAAGUCAAGAUAUAUUACUGCAUUCCCACCAUCUAUUAAGAAAGUUUUAUUUUAGCAGGGGGUUGGACUGGAUGACCUAUAAGGUCCCUUCCACCUCUGUUAAUCUGUUUAAUUAGUCCAGACACAUUUGUUGUUAAACCUUUGCUGGCCGGGGAAUUCUGGGAGCUGAAGCCCGCCCAUCUUCAAAGGGACGGGGUUGAGAAACAUGGAUGUGACAUUUUUUUUCAUGGACUUGAAGAAUUCUAUCGUCAGCCCGCUGGGUUAGAUCUUCUUCCGAUUAAACAUUCUCUGUACUUAAUAUAUUAUCCUAAGGUUCUAGUCCUCACUGCUCUUCUGUGAGCUUGUUCCGUUAUGUCUUAAGUUGUUUUUAAAAGGUGGUGCCUAGAACUCAAUACAAGGGAGUGUAACCAACCCUGAAUAAAGGGGAAUAUUACGGUA